CCUUAUAUUCAUCAACCAACCAUAUUGAUUUUUUUCUUGAAAAUAAAUUACAUUGUGGAUGUACUCAUAAAUAUAAUAUGUUAGUGAAGGAACUGUGGCCGUGAAAAUUUGUAAAGGGGAAAAAUGAAGUCUCACACAUCGAAAAGGGUUUUGGAAAACAAGAAAUUUGUUGUGAGAUAUUCUGAAAAUAAUUUAGGGAGGUCUACGACGAGGGGUGGGGGAGUGCGCGGUGGUGCCUGGCCGGGUCGGGGGCGGAUGCACGAAGCGGCCAGGCAGCUGGCGUCGUGCUGUAAAAGAUGUGUUCGUGAACAGUUCACAACACUUUAUUGUGAUUGUGGUGCACAUAUGGUGUCACGACUGCAGUGUCGAGAUAGCCAUGUGGUGGAGACAUUCAGCUCAGUGCUGGAUAUGAAGACGUGGGUGAUCCACAGUGACCAGAGGGGUCGCAGGGGCAGACUCUACGUCACUGUCGGGGUGGAGACAGUGUGGUGGUGAGUGUUACAAAGUACACAGAAAAGACAGUCUCAGAUAAAGUAUUAUGAGUCAUCAAUUUCUUGGCCACAUACUCGAUGCCCUCAACCUCAGGAGCAAGUCGUCCCUCCCGCUGGUUUAAUAUUACAAGUAGUGCAGUGUUAGUGUUGUUCUGAGUCAUAUAGUGAAGUGAAUUACCAUGAGUAACUGGUCAUGUGUUGUGAGGGAGAGAAGUGGGUGUUAUGGUGAGGUAGUGGCGAUCCAGAGUGAGCUCAGCUGAUACAGGUGUUAAGAAUGUAAACAAACCGUCGACUCCCCCACCUAAGAGUUCAAAUUCUCGCAGUGUUAAUGGUUCAUGUGAGAAGAAAGAACAUUACUUAUAUAUUAAUUUGUGAUUUUUUUAUUACCUAAUUUGUAAAAAAGUCAGAAAAAUAUAUAACCUGUGCGUAGUGAGUGAAAACUGCUAAAAAGUGCCUAAGAGAUGCCGUUAGUGAGUCUCCAGUGCUGGAUUGUCCAUUUGUGAUCCAACCGUCCAUGUCAAAAGGAUUAUUCUGAAAAUUACCUCUGAAGAAGAAGACAACAUACCCACAUCUUUUCUUCACAAGAAUAAUGGGGGAAACACCAAGGAUCAACUUAGACAGUCCUCAAUAUGACCAGUCAGACUUCAUCGGCCGUCUGCAGCACUUCUCUGGUAUCACAGACUGGCGACUCUGUUUUAAAAGUGAUGAAGAACUUGAUGAAGCUAAAGAUCUCCUUCAGAAAUAUAAGCUUGGGCAGGAACCUCCGGGCACACCUGAUGAAAAAAUCUGGUAUGCCAAGCGUGUGUACGAGUCGGCCUUCCACCCAGACACUGGCGAGAAGCAAAAUGUGAUUGGUCGGAUGAGUUUCCAAGUUCCUGGUGGUAUGAUCCUCACCGGUGCGAUGCUUACCUUCUAUAAAUCCACUCCGGCUGUUGUGUUUUGGCAGUGGGCAAACCAGUCCUUCAACGCUCUCGUGAACUUUACAAAUCGGAAUGCUAAAUCUCCCUUAACUGUGGAGCAGAUGGGUAUGGCUUACAUAUCUGCUACAGGAGCUGCUCUGGGCACAGCUCUGGGGCUUAAGAGCUUCCUGGCGGGGAGGGCAUCAACGCUCCUCCAGCGCUAUGUGCCCUUUGCUGCCGUUGCCGCCGCAAACUGCAUUAAUGUUCCUUUGAUGCGGCAAAAUGAGCUCAUGCAUGGGAUUGUUGUGUGUGAUGAAGCUGGUAAUGAAUUAGUCAACUCAAAGGUGGCGGCCGUGAAAGGCAUCUCCCAAGUUGUUCUCUCCCGUAUCAUCAUGGCAGCUCCAGGGAUGACACUACUUCCAGUUAUUAUGGAAAGAUUAGAGAAGCAAGCUUGGCUCCGUAGAAAUCCCCGAUUAAAUGCACCAUUCCAAGUGUUUGCCUGCGGUGUGUUUCUGACCUUCAUGACACCAACUGCUUGUUCUAUCUUUAAUCAGAAGUGCUCCCUCAAUACUGCAACGUUGGCCAAGCUGGAGCCAGAUGCCUAUGCAAGACUUAAGGCAAAGUGUCAUGGCCAUGUUCCAGACACAGUGAAUUUCAACAAAGGUUUGUAAGCAUCAGAAAAUCUUACAAGAUUUGACAUGAAUCACUCGUAAUGACAUAGGGUGAUCUUCAAUCCAGGUAUGACAAUUGCCUAACACUUUAGAUAAUGAAGUAGAUGCACAGUUGCUUUUGAAAAACUCCUUUAGAAUAAUGUGAUGGUAUGUAAGUACCUGUAGUUAAGGAGUAUAAUGGGUUUCUUUUAGAUAAUUUGGAUUAAUAUCUGUUGGCAUCUCAUUUCAUAGUGCGUACAUUUGGUGUUGUUGGUCGACACUGUCCUCGGUUCACCGAACUCACUUCGGAAUAUAUUUUGUGGGGAAAACACAGUAUGGACAUGAUCUCUGGAAACAACAUUUAACUAGAGUUUACAUUUUUUGUACUCUACUCUGCAGCAAAAAAAAAAAAAAAAAAAACUGCAAUAUUAAUUUAAAUUAAUGAAGACCA